AUGCCAUUUUUAGAAAAUGCAUUUGCAACAGAUGCAACUAUAAAAUUAUACGACGAGAUGGCAUUUGAAGAAGAGGAAUUCGAUUCAAUCGACGAGCUUAUUUUAAAAGCUUUCACCAAGCAAAAAUUUGAUGAUCUACUGAAAUAUACUAUUUAUGUGGAACGUCAAAUAAAUGAAACGGAUGCAAGGAAAGAUAUGGAAUUAAAAGAUCUACCCCAAUACUUCUUUUGCGUCAUCACAAAACUGGUGCUUCAGAGUAAACCGAAAAACCAAGGCAAUGACGUCGCCCCUAUUUCUGAAGAUUUGAAAAAACAAAUCGACGAGCAAACAAAUGAUCGAGAUAUUAAAAUGACAAUUCAGUUCUCUGAAAUCAUCUCCAAAGCUCUGCCUAUCAUCGAAAAGAUGCUGUUUUCGAAGGCCGCCCAUGACUCCAAUGAGGCGAUAACAUUUUUUGCAUCUUCUAUUGAUCUGGGAAUCAGUUCUGCUUACGAUAGCUUAUUGCAAGUUUUAUAUUUGCUUGUAACACAAGAAGGAGAAUAA